UCGUCUCAUGAGGGCGCUAUAAACUUAAAAUAGCGGCGCGGCAGCACUCGACGUAAACACAUUUUGGUAAACACCCCUCGAUACCGCCGGCCGGCCGGCGGGCGACUAUAAAUCCAGACAGAAAAUGGCAUCGCACGUCAUUCUUACCAUUUUCGUUCAUGUCUUUGCGGCAUUUUCCCUCAUCUUUUGCCCGUUGAUUCUGUCAUUAGGCUGGCUGUUGCCUGUGGAAUGGUGUUUUUGGAUUGCCGUCACUCUGUUGUCGGCAUCGGUUUCCGCUCUGUGGAUGUAUCGUCUGCAGCAACCGAACGACAGUCAACUCGAAGCCUUCUUUGGAGAUAGCUGGCCCAACCGCGCCGUUUGCCAUAGAGGCGCUGCAGGAGAUGCACCCGAAAACACCCUGGUUGCCUUCAGAGAGGCUCGCAAGAACGGCGCAACAUUUGUGGAGUUUGACGUGGCACUGACAAAGGACAAAGCACCAGUCAUAUUUCACGAUGACACAGUGGACCGCACCACUGAUGCAACAGGGGCACUCAAGGACCUGACACUGGAUGAGGUGUUGAAGCUGAAUGCUGCAGCCAAAGACCCUCUCAGGGAUAAAUUUCCGCAUGCCAGUAUCCCAACCCUUGAAGAGGCCACUGUAGAGUGUCUGGGCCUUGGAAUGAACAUCUUCUUUGAUGUCAAGGAUUGGUCCACAGAGAUGGUGAAUGCCCUAACUGCGCUGUUCCAGCGGCAUACUGAACUGUAUCAGAAAGGAAUGGUCUGCUCAUUCUUCCCCAUGCUGUCAUACAAGAUUCGUCGGCAGGACCCAGCUAUCUUGACGGCCCUCACUACCUGCACUACCACGGUACAGUAUGGGUUUGGUUGUGACGUGACCGGCCCAAUCUGGAAACGCUACCCAUGCAUCUUAGCUGAUUACCUACUGGUCUGGUGCCAGUCUGCUUGGCUGUGGAUUCUAUGUGGGAACGCGGCCACACUGCUUGACAAGAAGAUAGUAACAGAAGGUACUGUGGACUAUUGGGCUCAGCGGGGCAUUAAAACUGUAGUAUGGACUGUGAAUGAUAACACAGAGAAGGAGUACUUCCACAAAUGCCUCAAGUGUGGUAUUAUCACAGACAACGUGAAGUCGUCUUAACUUUUUCGUACCAAAGAGGAAUGAUUUUUAAGCAAUUGCAGUUUGAUUGAAUUUGUCUUACUAAUAUGAUAUUAAAUUAAUCCUUUUGAACAUUUUGUGAUUUGACGUUUCCCGAAUCUUCCAAAAUCCAACAUCGGUGUUGGAAAUCCAUUGGAAUAUUCUUUGUAGUAAAACUAAACUUCAAAGGGUAUCCAACCAAAUGUGGGGUUAAUACUGGUCUCUACCGCCCUGCUCCUUUUAUGCUGUAAAGUUGC